GCCUGCACCGAACGGAAGGUAGCUCUGCGAACGCACGGCUCUUUCGAAAUUUCACCCUUCGCGCCCUCGCCAAAGAGAGAGUCUCGAGGUCGGAUUUUGAGUAUAAUAAUUCCCGGUGAUUGCAAAUUUGCCACAUCUAGAGAUUUUAUUUAUUUAUUUAUUUAUUUUUUUUUUAAAGAUCUCUGGGAUAUUUUUCUCUCCUCAUCUUUCUUCGUAUGAAUAUUAAGAACGAUCAUCGAGGAACGAUGAAACGUCGCGGGAUCGUCCUGGAUCCGAUAUAAAGAAGGAAGUAUCCGACAUCGAUCGGGAGAUCGAUCGAUCGGAAAGCGGGCCGAGCGGAAGUGCCUCUUCCGGCCGGUGCGAAUUUCGACGGAGUAAUCGCUCUCGCGACGAAAGGACCAAAAGGGGGACACGCUGCAAUAUUCGUUGGAUCGUCAGCGUGGUGUUUCUCGCGUUGAAUUAAAAAACGAAAACGGCGCAGUUCGUGAAAGUGUGCUCAGUGGCGUCGUCUUGUCAGUCGGACAGGUGCGAGGAUAGUGACAUAAAGAGGCGGCAUAAACACGGUAAGGAGAAAGAAGGAAAGAUAGAAAAGAGAGCGUACAAUUUUACAUAGUUCCUAAUAUUUAAACCAAUUUAAACAUUUAGAGAAUUGAGAAUUAAGGGGAACGAAUAGACGCAUCGCAAUAGUUUAUCGUCAAAGAAUAGAUAUAACGGGCAAUAUAAAGUAGUGCAUUACGUUCAACGGGCGACAGAGAGAAAGUGACAUUUAUCCGAUCAUUUUGAAGGAGACCGAGAGGAAGGGAGAAAGCAGACGACGAGUGGACCAGCGCGCGAAACAGGUCUCCGCGACACGUGACACAGACAAAAAUUCGCCGGCUGACACAUUCGGGGUCGCUCCUCUUCGCGCUUCGUUAUUUUUUUUUCAGUUAUUCCGUGAGAAAGUGUCCGAUUGGAAAGAGAAGCGGAUUAUUCAGGAAGGCUCAAGAAGAAGAGAACGCAAACGCGUAGAAGAGGAAGAGGAGGAAAAGGAUGCGUAAACACGUGUAUGCGUGAGAAGACGCGAUAAAUUGAUAUUGUUUUAUCGGAUCACGCAACCAGAACACAAGAGAGAGAAGAACAACGGAUCUGCGUUUCCCGGACGAAUCCAAACGUGAUUCAUCCGAUGCUUCCAAAGAAGAAUAGGUGACAAGCAAAGGAACAUACAUAGAGCAGCUCUGAGAAUAUCUCAAACACUCUUUGAAGAAGCUUCACCGAGAACACGAGGAAGAUGUUGAAUCAACGGCGAAGGCAUUCUCGAUGGAGAAUGUCUCUUAUCUUCGUGACUUUUCUCGGAUUGAUCUGCAACAGCGAAUUGACACCCCUUAAUGUACAUGAAUCGUCGUCGUCGGCGCCCACCGCCAAAAGGAAAUCAGAGGACAUUGGUUCCCUCGACGACUUCACCUGGCAAGCGUGGAUCAUGGUGGACGCGCAAAAUGACUUUCAACAUGGAAUGGACUCCGCCACUUUUCUACGAAGGAUAACACCCAAAAGCGUGUUCAUCGCACCGCCCGCAUUGCCCGCCUGCCCUGAGAAUUAUCACGCGGAUAGCAUGGGCAGGUGCGUGAAGAGUGUCCGCAUUAACGAGAACGCGCAACAUAACUUCCUUUUACAACGGCUGAACGCCAAGUACGCGAUGGAAGCUGCGAACAACAGUGAGCAAAAAAAGUCGACAGGUCCAUUACAACUUAAUAUCCCUCUAAUCCCCUCUAAUCCUAAAUCUUCAUCGAAUAUCGAACCCGAGAAGACAUUCCCGAUGGACGAUCCGGUCGUGUCACCUCGCAAUGAGACUCCCCCGAAUAACGAAGAGAAGACGAGACCGCACGAGAUCGCAACAGCGAGUAAAUACGAGAUGAAGAAUGAUACGAUGUUAGACGAGGAGGAGACGACGUUUCUUACUGGAAAUUCCAGUAUCGACGAUGUUAGCGAAAUUCAUCAGAAGGUUGACACAGUGGUUCCGGUAACGGAUCUCGUCGAAAAGACGAACGACACUAGUUUCUCCGAGGUGGUGGAUUACAAGAUCCCGAUAGAUCCGAAAAUUUCAUUCAACGCCUCGAAAAGGCUCAAUACGAGCGAUGUUAUGAAAAAUAAUCCGACAACCGAAAAACCGGAAAACUUGACUGAAACGUCGUCCACGCUGAUCUUGCUGAACCCAUCUACAAAAUUGCCAAGCGUGGCGAAUGAUCUGCCAAUAACACCGAACGAAACCAGCCACGCGAUCGCGCAGAUAUCUAACGUCACGUCGAACGAGACCGCAAAGGAGGUCAUUGCUGCCAGUGUGCCAGACUCCGCGCUUACUUCAGCGGAUAAGUUAAUACGUCCAUCAAUUGUAACUAACGAGACGUUCACGGACUUCGUCUAUGACGUCUAUGAGGAGGAAGAUGCAGAAUACAGCACGGAUAUACCCGACGAGGAGGAUCUGGAGGAGAUCCUAAGACACGGAGAAGCUGGCAUGACGAUUCCCACACGAAACAUCGAGCGACUGCAUCAUGAUCAGCAGCAGAACCAAACCGCGGAUCAGAAGAAGACACUUGAGGCGCGCGAUCAGAUCGUGAUCCACUUUAAUGAUUCCACUUUAAUGCCUACGGAGGACAAGGACGAGGCGGGCAGCAAUGUUUCCAGUGAGGUCAGUAUCGACGGCGAUCUCAUUUUGGAGACGACUCUCUUGGACGUAAACACCGAGAAGCUACAAACUACUCCCACGUCCCCGGAUGUGAUUCGAAAGAUUAAGAUCAGCGAUGACGAUCACAAGGAAUCGUUCAGCAAGAAUCCUCCCCGGUCCAACACCGAACCAGAGGUCGUAUUUUCUCAUGAAGCGCGCGACACGAUGUUUACCAGUCUGCCCGGACGCAAACGAACCGAACAUUUGACGAAGCUCGAAGAUAAGAAGAACGACAAAGUUGUCCUGCCUUCGAUAGAGUCGCUUUUGUACCAUUUUCCGGAGGAAGACGCGAUAACAGAAACCCGUAUGACCGAUAAGGAACAAUCAACCGUCAAAGAGAGCACGCUGCAAGGAAACUCCAAAGAUUUUCUAACUGUUCCCACUAACGAUUUCAAACGAACCACGAUAAACCUCGGCUCGCCCGAGAACUAUGUAAGGUUUCCCGACCACGUGAACAAACCGCGGCAGGAUGAUUACGUGAGAUUCCCGUCCAGCGAGGCCAACAGCAUACACAGCCUAGGUCACAAGCAGCCCAUAGACGACGUUGAUGCUCACGAUGGCACCAGCACCAAGAGUAGCGUCCCCGUUCGCCAGAAACCGGUCUACUAUUUGCCGAGCUGGAAGCCGGAGCGACUGCAAACCGAUCACGUCCCGACGAGCGAGAGGCAGAAGCAGAGACCGGAUUUGUUUCACUUCUGGAACAACAUGCCGCUGGUCAGGGACCCUGGCGUUCAUCGCGGAGAUCAGGUUCCGGAUGAUGAAGCGACCGAAGAUACUCAGGAGCUACGCCGCCGACUCCACCGGAUAUCGCGAUUGCGAAGUCGGGCGAGAUUCUUCACGCCAGAAAUAUCGUCCGAGAACGUCAACAGGGUGUUCACGCCGAAGACAAGACUGCCAAUCGACGACUAAUUAUCCUUAUAUUAUUUUCCUUAAAAAAAGUAUCUAGUAAACCGUAUUUGGAACUGUGCCAAGUGAAUUCGCCAGAAGUAUUCCAAAAUCGCACGAAGUCGCGACAUUUAGAUCGCUGCAGCACGAGAAAAAGAAGCUUCGAAAAAAAGAAACGGGAUUGACGAGAAGGAUCAUCGAUUGAAAAUAUUUUAUUCUGUAAUGUCACAAUAAAUGCUCCGUAAAUCGUGUCUGAUAUUUUGAGUUGCGAAUGCUGCGAGCCGUUUAAAGUUUGACGAUCUCAAAAGGAGUGAUCUAGGUGUCUUCCAGGCUCUCGUGUGAAAAAAAAAACAAUCGAGCUGAACUCAUAAUAGCGAAAAUAUUUAGUAAAAAACGUACUAAACAAAUAUGUCACGAGUCAUAUUGAUCAUUAAGUUCGAAUCUGGAAAGAUUUUUUUUCCAUAGAAACCCAUAGCUAUACUGCAACCAAAUCGCUUCCAACAUAUAAAGAAUGCAAUUUGAUAGUUACGUUUUGUUAUCGAUAACAAAAUUUAAUAGAAAAAGAAAUAUGUUAGUGUAAGAGAUUUGCAUAAUACUGAUGUCAGAAUUUUCGCCAUAAUAAUGAACUUUUUAUGGAAAUUUUCAACCGCAUCUUGCAUUUAGACAAAUGCAUGAUGAGUUGUAAGCAUCGGAUAUUCUUUGCGAACUCGUUGCAUUUAGCGAUGGUGAAAUGUUGAAUUGCGAAAAAAAAUAUACUGCUGUGCUAUACGUCGAAUAAGGAAAUCAAAUCGUUGAAACUUUACAUCGAAUCUCAUUGACUAAGCUAAUAUUUAUGAAACAAGCAAGCGAAACAUAGAUAAGGUCUUAGAAUGCGCUAAAAUAGACUAGCAGAGAAAUGUAAGAUUGAGAUCGUUUUUAAAUUUUUUUAGUGAUAUUUUUUCGAUUUUAUCAAUUAUAAAAAUUCAUAACGAUCCACAUUUUCGUUGCAUAUUUGAUUUUACACGUGCGAUAUUCUGAACUCAUAUAUUUUAUAUUUCUUAACUAUGUUAACUUUAAUGAACUUAUAUAUGUAACCAUUGAUUUUUAAUAAAAUUUUACUUGCGCUGAUUUCACAUUAUUAACUCCGUUAUUACUUAUUAGGAAAAAUUCCAUAUUACUUACAUGAAGAAUACACCGAUUAAAAACAUACAUGAUAUUUAAUAUUAAAUAUGCGAUAAAAGUGUGAAAUAAUAAAUUUGUAGUGUGAAAUAUAUUGCUAAUAAAUAGCGUUGAAAGGAGUUAUUAAUUCAUGCGAAAUAUUGCUGAAUUUUUAUUCUCUGUAUAACGGAUGGAUCGUUAUUGGGCUUGUCAGAACGCUAAUACUACUUUCGAGAUAACGAUAUAUAAGCGGCGUUUAACGAGUUCACGAGCGAUAUGUCGAGCUAAUCUAUUAAUGGAGGUGUUAUCGAAGCAGACUGAUCUUUAGGGUUAUUAUUAUAGAGUAGGAAAAAAAAAUCGAGAUUUCCGGUCGUAUGAAAUCUUGAGAAUCGCAUAGUAACGGAGUAAUAUUAUAGAGCACGUCGUUGUAAGAAUUUUCGGAGAAGGAGACGUAAGUCGCUUCUCGAUUUUGACAGAUUUUUAAGCGAGUCGAUUUUAUAAUUCGCCUAAUGAGCGAGCGUGUUAUUCGAUGUCUUAGAUUAUUUUAUAUCGCAGAUCAAUCGAUGAAUUACACCUACAUUGUAGCCGGCAACGUAGUGUAAGUGUUUUCGAUGUGACCUGAAACAAUCGUUCUUUCACAUCGAUAAUUCGAAGAAUGAUCGAAAUUUUUCGAGUUGAUAAGUUUCGAUCAAUUUUAUCGUAUAUUUGCUUUGUCUUUUGUAUAUUCACACAUGCGCUUCGAUGGAAACGUUAUCGACAACCCGCUAUAAUAAACGCUUCCAGCUUACAAUAAGCAAGAACGCUUAAUAAAACUUUUAUUUGUCUA